AUGGGUCAUUCAGUACCCCCUCUCAACGAUCCGUCCCUCCUGAAGUCGCAAACAUAUGUGAACGGGGAAUGGAUUGGCGCAAAAUCUGGCAAGACCUUCGAGGUCACAGACCCAGCGACAGGCGCAGUCAUAGGGAAGGUGCCUGAAAUGAACCGCGCUGAUACCGAAGCCGCCAUUGCCGCCGCUGCCGCUGCUCUUCCGUCUUUCCGUAAACUCACAGGUCGUGAACGUGCCCGCAUGCUCCGGAAAUGGUAUCAGCUGAUGAUAGACAAUGCCGACGACAUCGCUAAGCUGAUAACUUGGGAGAAUGGCAAGCCGUUUGCGGAUGCCAAAGGUGAGGUAACGUAUGCAGCCAACUUCUUCGAGUGGUUCAGUGAGGAGGCGCCACGAGUGUAUGGGAGUACAAUUCCAGCAAGCGUUGCAGGAAAUAGAGUCUACACGAUCAAGGAGCCAGUGGGUGUGUGUGGAUUGAUUACCCCCUGGAACUUUCCCGCCGCUAUGAUAACUCGCAAAAUCGGACCAGCUCUUGCAGCCGGGUGCACAGUAGUCGCAAAGUCUCCCGGCGAAACUCCUCUUACUGCAUCCGCAUUAGCCGAACUCGCCCACCGCGCUGGCAUUCCCAAAGGUGUCGUUAACUUCGUCACAGCGUUGUCGAAUACCGCCGAGGUUGGCGAGACCAUCACCUCAUCCAAGACGGUCAAAAAGGUCUCCUUCACAGGUUCUACCGGUGUAGGAAAGCUCCUAAUGAAGCAGUCCUCCGACACUCUCAAGAAACUUUCUUUUGAGCUCGGUGGCAAUGCUCCCUUCAUUGUAUUCGACGAUGCCGAUUUGGAGAUCGCGGUAGCAGGUGCUAUCACGUCGAAAUUCCGCUCCUCGGGCCAGACUUGUGUUUGUGCCAAUAGGAUUUUCGUCCAAUCGGGCAUCUACGACGAGUUUGCAGAGAAAUUCACCGAAAAAGUCAAGAGCUUCAAAGUUGGCGGCGGCUACGGCGACGGUGUAACUCAUGGCCCCCUUAUCCACGAACGAGCAGUGUCGAAAGUCGAAAGCCAUGUCCAGGAUGCGAUCAACCAAGGCGGUAAGGUGCUCAUCGGCGGACAGAAGAUGCCGGAUGUGGGGUCGAACUUCUUCCAGCCAACUGUGAUUCGAGACAUGACAUCCGAUAUGCGGCUUGCCUCUGAAGAAACGUUCGGUCCGGUGGCAGGUCUAUUUAAAUUCGAAAACGAAGCUGAUGUCGUGAAGCUAGCGAAUUCUGCAGACGUGGGGCUGGCUGGAUACUUCUUUAGCAAGGAUAUUCAAAGGUGCUACCGUGUGGCGGAGGCAUUAGAGGUCGGCAUGGUUGGGGUGAAUACUGGAUUGAUCAGCGAUCCUGCAGCUCCAUUUGGUGGUGUCAAGGAGAGUGGAUUUGGAAGAGAGGGAAGUAUGUUAGGUGUGGAAGAGUAUAUGAUUACAAAGAUGGUGACGCUGGGGGGCAUGGGGCAACCACUUCAGGGUUCGUCGUAG